UUACACAAAUCGUAGCCCAGCCUAAAAUUGAAAUUAAUUGAGUAAGUGCCACCAACAUUAUGAACGAAAAAUAUCAUUUAAUUCCUGCACUUCGAAGAAGGAACAUUUGGGAAGAAUAUUUCUUUCUUUGAUAUCAUUGUUUUCCAAAAAAAUUAUGUUUUGAGUUUUUAGUUCACUAGUACUAAUUAAGUCAAUAUGGAUAAAAAUUAUGUCCAUAUAAAAGAUAUGAGACAGGGAUUAAAAAACGUUACUGUAGUGUUUAUCGUGUUGGAGGUCGGUCACCCCACCCUGACAAAAGAGAACCGGGAAGUUCGAACUUUCAAAGUGGCUGAUCAAACUGCUUGUAUAAAUGCUAGUGUUUGGGAUGAAGCUGGUCAAUUAUUAGUCCCUGGUGAUAUUGUUAGAUUAACCAAAGGGUAUGUAUCUGUUUGGAGGAACUGUCUAACUCUAUAUACUUCUAAAGCUGGUGACUUACAAAAAGUUGGUGAGUUUUGUAUGGUAUUUAAUGAACAACAUAAUAUGAGUGAACCAAAUCAAGUGUUACAACAAUUACCCUCUGCUUGUGGUCCACCUAACAGCUUAUCUUUAAACAAUGGUACUAAUAAUGGUGCCGGAAGAGUAGGACCUCCACCACCAAUUCCUGUCACAAGCACGGCUCCUAUGCAACACAAUAACAUAGCUGGCCCUGCGAAAUCUACUCCAAACAAUUCUGGUCGCACAUCAGGAAAUGUAACAUCUUCAGAUAAUCAAAAACGACAGAGGGGAUCUAGAGGAGGACAACAUAGAAAUAGGCAUAACCGAGCAACUUAGUACGCACUAGUGUUUACGAACUUGUAUUACUUUUUGAAAAUUGUGAUAAGUUGAACUAUAUUUUAUAAAUUAGUAUUUCAAAUAAACUGUUUUAUAAUUAA